CUCCAACAACUCAUCUUGAGAUUACCUAAAUCAUCAAAAAGUGGUUCACUUAAUACCAUGGCGAAUCGAAGGCAAACCAGGAACCAGAUUAGGGGCCCACACUCCGCCCUUACGGACUUUCUGGCGUCCAACAACAUCUCCGCAGCCCAAAUCCAUGAUGAUUACCAACGGAGGUUAAGAGAGGCGGAACCCCGCGCUGAAGAAGAGCCCCUGGAAAAUGCUGCGGACGAUGAAGAAUACGAGGACAAUUCCGGAGAAACUCCAGAGCAAAAGAAGAAACGCAAGCGAAAGGAGACCGCUGCCCUUGCGAAAAUCAAGCAGAGCAAGGAGUUCGCCCGCCGUAAAGGUCGCCGAACAGGGGAGCCCGAUGACGAUGACGACUUCAUCGCAAGGGAGAUGAUGUAUGAGCGUUCCCGGCCGAUGCCUGGCCAACUUGAAAACUGCGAGGCCUGCAGUAAGCGUUUCACAGUGACUCCGUACAGCAAAACAGGACCAAACGGAGGCCUCCUCUGCGCAAAAUGCUCCAAGGAGCUCACCGACAAGCAGAAGAAGGCGCAGCCCAAGAAACGCGGGCCAAGAACCGGCCGGCGCCAGAAUCAAAGUGAUCUUCUCGAUGGAAUUUCCCAAUACGGCGCUCUGAGUUUGGCAGAGAUGUGCACUAAGAAAGUUGCCGAUAAUAUCAAUGACAUUGAAGAAUUCGGGGACUUGCCCUGGCAGUUGCUACGCCGUCUUAGCCAGAUUUUAUCGAAGAGGCGAGUUAUGACACCACGGACCCUAAAUCUGUUUCUUCGACCGGAUUUGGGCUUUAUUGAUAUUUAUGACUCUGCUAAACUCGAGACGGAUGACUUUCAAAAGAUCUUUACAUUCAUGCCAGCUCUGACUCAUGUCAAUCUCCGCUUUGCUGGACAAUUGAAGGAUAGGGUGGUGGAGUAUAUGUUGGACCGAGAUCUUAAGAUUAAACAUUUGCAACUCGACGCGGCCAACCUGGUCUCCGAUUCGAGCUGGCGACGGCUGUUUGAGAAAUUCGGCGGCCAGCUUGAAACGUUGAAAUUAUCAAACCUGGACUUUUCCCUCGACGAUGAGACCGUGCAGACAUUGUGCAAAUUCUGCACGGGGUUGCGGCGCGUCAAACUUGAUCAUUGCUGGAAGAUAUCCGAUAGCUCGCUGGAGGCUAUCGCGAACUUGCCAUUAUUGGAGCACGUGUCUUUGAAGUUUGUCCAAAAUACGAACCCUGAGCACCUUCGGGAGCUGGUUUCCAAAGCCGGCCCGAACCUUCGCACCCUGUCCUUGGAUGGAUUUCCAAAAUCCGAUGAUGGCUUGCUCGAGACUAUUCAUGACAAAUGCCAGGCUUUGUCGAAGCUGAGGUUUUCGAAUAACUCGGUUUGUACCGACCAGGGAUUCGUCAAGCUUUUCGAAAACUGGUCGAACCCUCCACUAGAGUUUGUCGACCUAUCCUCGACACGGGACGUGGACAAUUCAAGUCCAGACGGUCCCACUGAUGCAACUGGUCUUGCAUCCCAUGGGUUUACUGCCCUCAUGCAGCAUUCGGGCUCCCUGAUGCAAAAGUUGAACAUUGCUUCCUGUCGCCAUAUCUCCUAUGCCGCCUUCGACGCAGUGUUUUCCGAGGGCAAGAGCUACCCCCACUUGAAGGAGCUGGAUGUGUCUUUCCACACAGUCCUGGACGAUUACCUGGUGGGUCGUAUCUUCCAGUGCUGCCCAGCUAUGCAGAAGUUGGUUGCAUUUGCGUGUUUUAAUGUACGAGACGCGCGGGUUCCGCGUGGAGUGGCCUUGAUUGGGGGGUUACGAGUGCAGGAGCUUAUUGUGGUUGAACGUGAGUUUUGAAGACAACCUGGUUCCUUUUUCGAGUCUGGGGGCAAAUCCAAAUCCAAAUCCAAAUCCAAAUCCAAAUCCAAAUCCAAAUCCAAAUCCAAUCUCCAAGAAAUUACACGUGGAGAAUGCACGUACCCGUAUGUGCCUGAUGCUCUGAUGCAGGUUGGGCUAUAGUUAUACUAGCAUCCAUCGAC